UCGCAGCCAGUCGCUCGUUUGCAAUGCACCGCGUGGGGUCUUUGCGCACUUUCUUCUUUUGAGGGCGAAAGAAGUUCCCGUAUGGACUUUGCGUUGGAAAUUCGCUGCUUUCCUCGUAGUUUUUCAGUUCAGUCAUGUUGAAGAACAACGCGAAGAAGACGGCCGUCUCCGCGGGCACCGCGGCGGCUCUCUGCCUGCUCAUGUUGGUGGUCGCCGUGCGGCAUCACGGAGCUCGUGUGGCCGCGGAGAGCACCGGCCGGGAGGAGACUCGCUCGCUCCCCGGGGAUGAGGAUGAGGCGCCGGCGGUGGAGGGCGCCGGUCACAAGGGAUUCUCGGCGUACUUCGGCAAGCUGAGCCGCGGGCGCAGGGAGGCGGAGAAGCCCGCCGCACGCUCCUCUGGCUCCGCCGGCGACCUCGCGACGUCCCCGGCCGAGGACAUCGGACCCGAUGACCUGUUCAUCGCGGUGAAGACCACCAAGAAGUUCCACCAGCCCAGACUCAAUCUGCUCUUGGACACUUGGAUCUCCAGGAGCAUGCAACAGACGUACAUCUUCACAGACGGCGAGGACGAGGAGCUCAAAAGGAAAAUCGGUGAGUUAUUCUGGAGUCACGCCAUCAACACGAACUGUUCGGCCGCUCACAGCCGACAGGCCCUGUCAUGCAAGAUGGCCGUGGAGUACGACAAGUUCAUCGAGUUGGGCAAGAAGUGGUUCUGUCACGUGGACGACGACAACUACGUGAACGUUCGCGCUCUGCUCAAGCAGCUCUCGCAGUACCAGCACACCCAGGACGUGUACAUCGGGAAACCCAGCCUGGACCGGCCCAUAGAGGCCACCGAGAGGCUGGGCGACAAUAAGAUGAAACCAGUCAACUUCUGGUUUGCCACUGGAGGGGCAGGCUUCUGUGUGAGUCGUGGUCUGGCACUCAAGAUGAGCCCGUGGGCCAGCGGCGGCCAUUUCAUGAACACGGCGGAGAAGAUCCGCCUGCCUGACGACUGCACCGUGGGCUACAUCAUCGAGUCUGUGCUGGGCGUCUCUCUCAUCCGCAGCAACCUGUUCCACUCGCACUUGGAGAACCUGCAGCAAGUGUCCAGAUCUGAGAUCCACAAACAGAUCACUCUCAGCUAUGGGAUGUUUGAAAACAAGAGCAAUAUCAUCAACUUGAAAGGAGCUUUCACUGUAGAGGAGGAUCCAUCCAGGUUCAAGUCAGUGCACUGCCUCCUGUACCCCGACACCCUGUGGUGUCCACCCCAGGUUGCCUUCUAGGGCGACCGCUCCUCUCUCAUCCUCGUCCUCAGUCUCGCCUCGGUAUCUGAAAGGCGGGCGAGGACCAGUGUUUUUUUUUUUUUUUUUUGGUCAGUGUCAAGACCGCGUCGCCGCUGGGUUCUUCCAGCGAGCGCUACGUGGCCGUUUUUGUGUAAGUGGGCUGCUGUGCGGCCCGCCGCUUACGGGACUAGUGCGACUAUCGGCGGCUAUUUUGUUUUUUCGUUAUUAAAGCUUUGCAGGCAAUCAACUUAAGCUUUUUGUAAAUAUUGCUUGUAAAUGUAUCUUGCAAUUCUUAUAGAAUGUAUUUCAUAUUUUCAUGCCACUUUCUUGCCAGCUUUACGCCAUCUUUUUUUUAAAAAUUUGUUUUCCCCAUGUUAGCUUUUUAAAAAUGGAAAGUCUACUAAGCAUUUGGAUGACUCCGGACAAACGCUCUCAUGUGAAGAUUUUGUUGUGCUUUUAUGUGAACAGUGUUAUGACUGACCCUACGGUGGCCUGGAAGUGCAAAACAAUUUAACAAAUUGUGAAACACUAACAUUUCAGGAACCACAAAAACAAAACACUUAAACAUUUCAGGAAACACAAAAACAAAAGCAGAAACACUUUUACAAAAUGACGUACCAAAUUACAAUUAUGGACACCCGGAAAGGGAGGGGCCAAUUUCAUAGACAUUCUUGGAAAUCCCACGGCCUUUCUCGGCAAGACCUGCCUUUGCUUCGUCUUUUUGUUUUCUGAAAUGUUAGUGUUUCGUGUUUUGUUCAUUUGUUUCCUGAAAUGUUAGUGUUUCGUGUUUUGUUAAUUUGUUUUCUGAAACGUUAGUAUUUCACAAUUUGUUAUAUUGUUUUGCACUUCCAGAUCCACUGUACUGACCUCAUCUGAAGUUUCUCAGGACAAAGCACUUUGACCCCUUCAAAAACAAACAAAAAAACAAAACAAACCUAAAACAAUGUCCUGGAAUGACUUCAGAUUUGUGUCAAAACUAACAAAAAACCUGCAAAAUCUCCUCAAUUCAUUUGUAUAUAACUUAGAAAUAUGCUCCCUGCAUGUAUUACAAUCAGGAGGGAAAUAAUGACUGGGAGAGUUUUUGGAUUGUUUAGAUUUUGAAUUGUUUAAAAAUUGCACAGCUGAAUUUCAAAUGAGCUGACGCUUGCUCUCGGAAAGACGCUCGCCACACAAGACUGGAAGCAAAGAAAAUGGUGUAAUUUUGCACACCCCAAACAUGAUAGUUGUACAUUUACAUACAGUAAUAUCAUGCUUGCUGAGUUCUGUGAGGUGAGAACUUUAACCAGAGCAACGUCAGCGUCUCUGCAUGGAGUCGACCCAUAUUGGGUUAUGCUGUACUGUACAUGAUGAUGACCACAGUAUUGUAUACUGUGCCUUUGGUUAUGUACAGGCAUGUUUUGGAAUGUAACGUAUUUUUACAAAAAUUGUGUCGUACUGCUUUUUAUUCUCCAGCAUCUGGGGGAUUGGAACAGCUCAUUCCCAAUAAAGACGUCUCAGGGAUUCUGAUCUGAUUCCUGCUAUUUAACUAACACGGGCCCCAAAACAUCAGAAAUAAAAGUGCAUAACCACUGAGAAA